UUUCAUCUCACUCUAUCUUCAAAUCAAUCUUGAGAGCUGACAGAGAGAGAAGCAGAAGGAGCAAUGGCAGCAGAGAAGGAACUGAAGCUGCUGGGUUUCUGGAUCAGCCCUUUCAACAUCCGAUGCAGGAUCGCACUGGCGGAAAAGGAGCUGGAGUACGAGUACAAGGAGGAGAAUCUCGCGGAGAAGAGCGAGCUUCUGCUGAAAUCAAAUCCGGUGCACAAGAAGAUCCCCGUGCUGCUCCACCACGGUAAACCUAUCUGCGAAUCCCUCAUCAUAGUCCAGUACAUUGACGAGGUCUUCCCCAGCAGAGGAAAAGCCCCACUCCUCCCCUCCGAUCCCUACGCCCGCGCCCUUGCCCGCUUCUGGGCUGACUUCAUUGACAAAAAGACCUUCGAUUGUGCCAUCCGGCUAUCAAGGCUGAGGAAGGGCGAGGAACGUGAGGAGACCAAGAAGGAGUUAACGGAGAACCUGCGAACGCUUGAGGCGGUGCUCGGGGAGAACAAGUACUUCGGAGGCGAGGACUUUGGGUUGGUGGACAUCGCACUAGUUCCUUUCACCUCCUGGUUCUACAGCUUCGAGUCCUUCGCCGACUUCAGCGUGGAGCAGGAAUUCCCCAAGCUAGCGGCAUGGGGGAAGCGCUGCCUGAAGCGGGAGAGUGUCGCUCAGUCUCUCCCUGAUCCUAAGAAGGUGUCUGAGUUUAUAAGCUCACGAAGAAAGAAGCUUGGGGUCGAAUAGAAUAGGAUAUGUGUGGGAUUGAGAUGAGCUUCACUGAUUUGAAUAAGUGUGUUGCCGGCCGGCGGCUGAUUCCGGCCAGUUGCCAGUUUAGAGUUGUAUCUUGAUUGAGAGUGAUAGUAUCCAAAUAAUGCUAUUUGUGAUGGCUUCUUACAUUUGAUGAUGAAUAAUUGUUAUGAUUUA